GAGGGAGUGAGGCUACGCCCUAGCGGAUCCGCGGCGGCUCCUCGUCACAGGAACUUCAGCACCCAAGGGGCGGACAGCGCUCCCUUGCACCUGAAGACCGGACUCAGAGCCCGGAGCCUUUCUAACCUUCCCUCCGAAGCCGCGUCUAGCUCCGCGCGCCGCAGGGUUCCCACCACUCUUCCUCCCCUCACCCGCCCUCCGCGCUCUUGCUCUUCCUGUCGUUAGUCCUCUUUUUCAUUCAUAACAAAAGCUACAGCCCCGAGACCCCGGCGCCAGGCUGUUUCCGAAGCCAGGAGCGAAGAAUGGGGUUCCUGUGGACCGGCACUUGGAUUCUGGUUUUGGUGGUCCACAGCAGCCCGAUUCAAGCUUUCCCCAAACCGGGAGGCAUCCAAGACAAGCCUGUACAUAAUAGAGAAUUAAGUGCAGAAAGACCUCUGAAUGAACAGAUUGCUGAAGCAGAAGCAGACAAGAUUAAACAAACAUACCCUCCAGAAAACAAGCCAAAUGAAAGCAAUUAUUCCUUUGUUGAUAACUUGAACCUGCUAAAGGCAAUAGCAGAAAAGGAAAAAAUUGAAAAAGAAAGACAAUCCAUAAGAAGUUCCCCAUAUGAUAAUAAAUUGAACAUGGAAGAUGUUGAUUCAACCAAAAAUCGAAGACUAAUUGACGAUUAUGAUUCUACUAAGAGUGGACUGGACCAGAAAUUUCAAGAUGAUCCAGAUGGCCUUCAUCAACUAGAUGGAACUCCUUUAACCGCUGAAGACAUUGUCCAGAAAAUUGCUACCAGGAUUUACGAGGAAAAUGACAGAGGAGUAUUUGACAAGAUCGUCUCUAAACUUCUGAAUCUUGGUCUAAUCACAGAAAGUCAGGCACACACACUGGAAGAUGAAGUGGCAGAGGUUUUACAAAAAUUAAUCUCUAAGGAAGCCAACAGUUAUGAGGAGAGAACCAAUAAACCCACAAGCAAGACUGAGAGUCAGACUGGAAAAAUACGAGAGAAAGUGACUCCAAUGGCAGCAAUUCAGGAUGGUUUUGCUGAUGGAGAAAAUGAUGAAACCGUAUCUAACACCUUAACCUUGACAAAUGGCUUAGAAAGGAGAACUAAAACCUACGGUGAAGACAACUUUGAAGAACUUCAGUAUUUCCCAAACUUCUAUGCACUGCUGAAAAGCAUCGAUUCAGAAAAAGAGGCAAAAGAGAAAGAAACACUGAUUACCAUCAUGAAAACGCUGAUUGACUUUGUGAAGAUGAUGGUCAAGUACGGCACUAUAUCUCCAGAAGAAGGGGUCUCCUAUUUGGAAAACUUGGAUGAAACGAUUGCUCUUCAGACCAAGAGCAAGCUAGAAAAAAAUUUUACUGACAAUAUAAGCAAGCUUUUCCCAGCGCCAUCAAUGCAGAGUCAUGAAGAAACAGAUAGUACCAAGCAAGAAGCAGCUAAGAUGGAAAAGGAAUAUGGAACCUUGAAGGAUUCCACAAAAGAUGAUAACCCAGGAGGAAAAACAGAUGAGCCCAAAGGGAAAACAGAAGCCUAUUUGGAAGCCAUCAGAAAAAAUAUCGAAUGGUUGAAGAAACACAACAAAAAAGGAAAUAAAGAAGAUUAUGACCUUUCAAAGAUGAGGGACUUCAUCAACCAACAAACUGAUGCUUAUGUGGAGAAGGGCAUCCUUGAUAAGGAAGAAGCCGAUGCCAUCAAGCGCAUUUACAGCAGCCUGUAAAAAUGGCAAGAAGGUCCCGGAGUCCUUCCACUGUUUCAGAGAACAUCAUAUAGCUUAAAACUCUUCUAAUUCUGUGAUUAAAGUUAUUUUGACCCAAGGAUUAUUAGAAAGUGCUGGAUUUACAGUAGUUAACCUUUUAGAAGUGGUUAAAACAUAGCUUUCUUGCCACAAAAACUACCUGAAAAGUAAAGUAUGUAAGCUCA